AUGAACCCGAAAUUACUUUGGUCUUUCACUUUGAUCGGGUUGCUGCUGAUCGCUUCGGUCGACUGCAAGAAGAACAACAGCAAGGAUGUCAAGAGCUACAAGUGAAUCAUUAGUUUAGAUCAGAAACACAGAUUUUUAUUACUUAAAAGUCAACGCUGAAAAACUUUUCCGUACGACUUUUUGAAUGAAAAAAAAAUAUCAGGAAAAUAAGAGAUCUCAAGCACGUGAAGAAGGACAAGCCGGAAAAAAGAUCGAAAGUCGGUAAAAAUACUCUAAUGAAACUUCUGGAGGAGAUUGUUCAGUUGGAAGCUGUGGACUCGGAAAAGGUUGUCUUCUUAGAAUCACAUGAAUCCGCGAAAGAAGGCCCCACUCACUACGAAAAGUAUCCGAGCAGCAACGAGGAAGAACAAAGGCGUUCUUCGGACGGCCGUCGUCAAAUGCUCAAACCCAGAGCUCUCAAGGUUGAAAAUAGAAGCAGCUAUCAAAAAAGUUGUUCACGUUUCCAACAACAAAAGGAUCAUGUCCACUAAUUUCGAAACUUGAAGGUCCUGGCAGCAUACGAGCAAUGCAAACAGGAAUGUCGUCGUCAAAGAAAUGAGGCGCAAACUCAAGAGGUACAAAGAAAAGUCUUAAAAAUUCGAUCCGUAGUGUUUAGUACGUAGAGCAACUGAGGCAACAGCUUCAAGCGGCUGAAACAGUUUCGGCAGCAGAAGAACACGCCGAAGAAGAUCAAGAUGAAUUGCAUUACAGAGAGCCAAUUCACACUGAGCUCUAA